AUGGACUACAUAUCGCAGGUACAAAUAAGAGUCAAGCACAAUGGACGGUCGAUCGUUGGGCAGAAAACGGCUUCACGAGCUUUCUUGUGGAAUAUGAUGAGCAAUUUAGAGAAUAUCAUGAUCAUUAGGGAGACUGAUUGUAGCACAGAGACAUUCCUUAACUACCCUGUCGCUCAGUCAUUAAGUUUCACAGCAAAUGGUACAACACGUUCUGUCAAUCUCGAGGAGGCGGUUCUACCACAAGACGACGUUACAGGCUGGCCAGAUCGCGUACCCACGUUUCACGGCUAUUCCUUCACAGGGUCGGCUGAAGCAGAGUAUGUUUAUGUAGGACGUGGCCAGCAAGUGGAUUUUCAACGUCUUCUCGCACUCAAUGUCAGCCUCGAAGGCAAGAUCGCUCUUGCGCGGUAUGGUGGGCCAUUUCGCGGCCUCAAGGUCAAGAAUGCGCAAGCUCACGGGAUGAUUGGCUGUGUCACCUUCCUAGACACUGGCGAUGAUGGCAACAUUACAGAGGCUAACGGGUACGCACCAUAUCCAUUCGGCAAAGCCAGAAACCCAACUCAAGUUCAACGGGGCUCUGUUCAGUUUCUGUCCACUUAUCCUGGCGACCCUACCACUCCGGGUUAUCCUUCAAAGCCCGGCUCCCCACGAACAGGUAUUGAGCGGGUUACUCCUCAGAUUCCAUCUCUACCUCUUUCUUGGAUCGAAGCACAGCCACUAAUCCAAGCACUUGACGGUUACGGGCCUACUGGGAGAACAGUCAACAGAACUAAUUGGGUCGGUGCCUUUAAUGCUUCAUACUCCACAGGACCUGCACCUGGCGUGACUCUGUCAGUUUCAAAUGAAAUGCGGGAGAACAUAACCACCAUCUGGGACUCGAUCGGCAUCAUUAACGGUACUUCCCAAGACGAGGUCAUUGUUAUCGGCAAUCACAGAGAUGCGUGGAUCAUCGGAGGUGCGGCCGACCCAAACUCUGGCAGCGCUGUAAUGAUCGAGCUGUCAAUAGCUUUUGGCAAAUUACUUGCUACCGGCUGGAGGCCCAAGCGCACUAUCGUACUAUGCUCAUGGGACGCCGAGGAGUAUGGCUUGCUAGGAUCAACUGAAUUCGUCGAGGAGUACAUCCCAUGGCUAUCAAAAGCAGCAGUCUCAUAUCUCAACAUCGACGUGGGAGCAUCUGGACCAAAUCCCACCUUCUCAGCCACGCCAGAUCUCAAUGCAAUCGCAAUUGAGACCAUGAAGAAGGUCGUCUACGACAACUACCGUGGCUACAACAAUAUGACACUCUACGAUGUGUGGCGAGGGCUCGGUGGCCGCAUUGGCAUCCUAGGCUCCGGCAGUGAUUACACAGCCUUCCUGGACAGUGCCGGCAUUUCAAGUAUAGACAUGGGAGCCAGCGCCGGGCCAACCGACGCAAUCUACCCAUACCACUCCAACUACGACUCCUAUCACUGGAUGUCCACCUUCGGCGACGUAGGCUUCAACACCCACAAAGUCAUGUGCAGGUUCCUCACCCUCCUCGCAUACGAACUCUCCACCCGUGAAAUCGUCCCUCUCAACCCUACAACCUAUGGUGUAGAAAUGACAGGAUACCUAACCACUCUCCAAUCCGUGGUCCAAGCAGGAGGCAGCAACUAUACCAAUGUCGACCUGAGUCCCAUCCGCUCCGCCAUCCAGACCUUCAACACCUCCGCAUCCGCAAUGGCACAGCUCAUCGCAGCUACCUCACCAUCGGACACGACCACAGUCGACAAUAUUAACGCGAAGCUGCGAGAUUAUCAGCGCGGUUUUGUGUCGCAGGGUGGUCUCCCGGAACGUGAGUUUUACCGCCAUGUCGUCUAUGCACCAGGACUUGAUACAGGUUACGCUGGAGUGACUUUUGGUGGUGUCACGGAAGCGGUCACGUUCUACAGGAAUGCGACUAUGGCGCAGGAAUGGGUAGGGAAGACGUCGAGGGCUAUUGAGCUUGCUGCGGCGAUUCUGGCUCCUUGA